AUGGUUCAGAACUGUUUAGCGGAGAUGAUGUGUACGCGGCCGGAUAGCUACGUCGAUAGAGCCAUGUUACAGUAUUCUGAGGAUCCCGGUGUUAGAGUACAUAUAAAGGCCCAGGAAGGAGACCAAGGAGCCGACUGUCAUGACGUCAGCGACGAACACUGGAUCAAUUGUUACAUAGCGUUGACUGUCCUGUAUGCUACACGUCUUGCUAACGAGCUUGAGCCGUACGGUUUGAAAUGGAUGGAAGAAUUCCUGCCACCGGAUGUUUACGAGGGCUAUGCUCAAGUAGGUGGAAAUCUUCGUGGGUCAAAGGUUUUGUUGACUACGGGAGAACAUGAAUACAAUCGUUAUGGUUUUGAUCGACUUAUACAUUCUAGAUGCGUUGAUAUUCUGCAACCAGAUAUCACGUGGUUAGGCGGAAUUACGGAAGCAAGGCGAGUGGUUUCUAUGGCAGCUGCUCAUGAUACAAUGAUUAAACCUCGCGACUCAAGCGUCUAUUCUUACCAUCUUCAGUAUGCUUUACCAACUGCGCAGUGGCCGAAUAUAUCAACCUAA